GUUUAGGUGCUCGGGGACGUGUGGAGGGCCGGGGGGCUCCCCUCAGCCGCCUACCGGGCAGCGUGGGGGUUGUGAGGUGUUUGGGGAAAGGGGCUGAGCAGGGCAUGCGUGCUGGCCAUGGGGGAGGAUGAAGAGGAGGAUUACAUGUCUGAUUUGUUUAUUAAGCAGGAUGUGAGGCCAGGCUUGCCUAUGGUACGCCGGGUGAAAGAGGCUCUUCAGAAGGAAGAAAAGCAAAAAGAAGCCAAUGAAAGGAACCGACAGAAGAGCGUAAAAGAGGAAGAAAAAGAGCGGCGUGACCUGGUGUUGAAGAGUGCGUUGGGCAACGAGAACAAAGGCUUUGCCCUGCUGCAGAAGAUGGGCUACAAGAGUGGCCAGGCCCUUGGCAAAAGUGGAGAAGGCAUUGUUGAACCUAUUCCUCUGAACAUAAAAACAGGCAGAAGCGGGCUUGGUCAUGAGGAAUUCAAAAAGCGGAAAGCUGAAGAAAAACUAGAAAACUAUAGACAAAAACUCCAUAUGAAAAAACAAGCAAAUGAACAAGCUGCAGAUCAAUUCAGAGUAAGGUUCAAAAACAAACAAGAAGAGCGUAAGAUGGAAGGAGACCUUCGAAAAAGCCAGAGAGCCUGCCAGCAAUUAGAUAUGCAGAAAGAUAUUGAUGUUCCCAAGGAGACUUGGUAUUGGCUAGAACCUGAAGAGGAAGACAAGAAGGAUGAAGAAGACAAGGAUGAUGAAUGCACAAGCUCAGACUUAAGUGUAUCAGAAAAGCUACAACUCCUGACUGCAUAUUUAAGAGAAGAACACUUUUAUUGCAUUUGGUGUGGAACCACCUACGAAGAUUCUGAAGAUUUGUCUUCAAAUUGCCCUGGAGACAGUGCUGCAGAUCAUGACUAAAGCCUUUCUAAAGAAAGGAGUUCUAGAUAAAUGUUUGCUGUUCUGAUCUGCAGCCAUUGGGAGUGAACGGUGAUGUGACCAUUUUGGCCAGCAAGCUCCUCAAUGGCAGGAAGGCGGAACACCAUGGAAAAGACGUAUCCCAUGUCUUGCUCUUGCUUCUGAUAGAUUUAUGGAAUUUCAUAAGUUUGAUUCAAACUGGAUUUAAGCAUGAUCUGGAAGACUUUUAACAUGCUGAUUACUGAGCUUUAAGUGAGUUGUCUGCAGCAGCACGCUUCAAAUGCUCAAAUAUUUCAAAUGCACAGGGCCUUUUUGAUGCGUCCUUUGAAAGCAUCCUUCUGAUUAUGGAUGCCUGCAAAAAGAAUUUAAAAUUGAGGAGUUUUUUUUAAUGAGCAAAUAAAGAAAUUAAGUGAAACACUGUAUUUUAAUAUUAUACCUGUGUUUUAAAUUGCUUGGUGAAGUCCUCUGGAAAUUUACCUUCUCUUACAUUGUGCCACACCUGAAAUUCAUAUGAGAUAAACAAUUUCAGUAUGCUUUUAUUCAUUAUAUUUUGCAUCUCAUUUCACAACCUGUGAAACUCAUUUCACAAUCUGUAAUAAUUUACAGAAGUAAUCAGGAGAAUACAAAUCUACAAAAAAGGUAAGGCUGCAAAAAACUAUAGAAGUUUGAAAAAUUCUCAUUUAGUUGAGCUUUGUUUUUUUUUUAUGGUCUUUUUUGUAAACUGUUGUCCCUCUUUAAGAUUAAAAGCUUCAUGAAAUAUAAUGAUGUGUUUGUUUCGGCAAACCUCUCUACUUAAUAACCAUUAUCCUUCUGUCCUCAAAUAACAGCGAUUAAAAAAAAAACAAACACA